AUGUCGGACAACCAGCCGUGGGAACCGCUCGGCAUGCUGGACUUCUUCGUCCUGGGUAUGGUUUCCACCUUCCAGCUCGUGGCGCUGGGCGUUUGUGCCCACCUCGUCAAGUGGCGGAAGUGGCCCCCCUACCUCACCAAGAACGUCGACGUCGUCAUCAUCUCGACUUUCGCGGGCAUUCUCUGGACAGCCACGAAGGCGAUCGAAGUGGGGUUUGUUCGGAGGAGGGCGGGCGACCUGUUGGCCGCCUGCGACUUUGAGGUGGGGCGCUCUCGUGCGAGACACUCCCCCAAAGCUCGCUUCAUGAACAUCACCAUAACCUUACGUUCUCUGGUUACACCCUGA